CCGUGGCGUCGGCGAGAGGAUGGCGACGCAAAGACACGCGUGCCGUGCGUGCGCACAUCACGACGGCGCGGCGCGCGUCGUGGCGUUGGACUGAUCGGCCGGCCGCGGCGUGGGGGCGGAUCCGUGACUUGGUUUACGCGGGCACGAGCACGAGGGGCGCCUGCCGCCUGCCGGCGUCGCGACGCGCGCGACCUGCAGACCCGGGAGGCCGUCGCCAUUCCUCUCGCAGGCUGGCGCGGGCAGAUCUCGUUUACCUCGUGAGGGGAGAAUCUUAUAAUUAAACUGUCUCUCGGAUCCAGAAACAACUAUAAUCUGCCCAGGUUGUCUUCAAAUUUCAGAAUUUUCAGCAUCAACUCUGAAGUCUGAACAAUGUGGUUGAUUUCUACAGUAACCACAUUGGAUGUACUUGAUGGUGGUAUUAACACUGCACAUGUUGGAGUUGCUUCGCGCCUGAUGAUAAACUAACACGAGUGGCAUUUCUCUGGCACUUGUGAGCGGAUUCCUUAGCUAGUCGUACGUACCGCUGCUCCCUGCUGUUCUCGCCGUGCUAAGCUUGGAUGCAUCUGCAGCAAUAUAUUAUCACGGGAUCAUGAGGUGCUCCUCCAACUUCCAUAUCUCUUCACAGGACACAUGCACUCAUGUAAUGUAGUACUACUCUACACUGUUAGCUUGUGAGCUGUGACUGUAUCUGCCUUGAGGUCCCAAGCGACUGAACUGAGGCAGCAACCAAGCGAGUGAAGCAAAUCUUCCCAAUUCUCACCUGCUCCUAGAUACUAUUAUACUCCGUUCUCUUCAGUGCCAUCGCCUCCAUUUCUCUCUCUCCCUUUCUCUCUCGAGAGAGAGCCAUGAAUGAGCUCUGCGACCUCAAGGUGCACAUCAAUGGCCAUCACACGCUUCUUCUUCAUCAGAGCGUCAUGUGUGCAUUUUCGGGGAGGUUGAGGACAAUGGUAACGCAUGAGAGGAGGAAGAAGAAGACGAGCCGAGUGGAGGCCUUGUCCGUGAAGCUCACGGACUUCCCAGGCGGCGCCGAGGGGUUCGAGCUCGUGGCCCGGUUCUGCUACAGCAAUGGCCGCGUCCCGCUCUGCCCGUCCAACCUCCCAGUCCUGCACUGCGCCGCCGUGUACUUGGAGAUGACCGAUGAGGCGUGCACCUGCAACCUCCUGACCCAAGCAGAGGCCUUCGUGGACGGGCUCUACUACUGGACCUGGGCCGACGUGCUCACCGCCGUCAAGAGCUGCGAGCCCUUUGCGGCCGCGGCCGACGCCUCCGGUCUCCUCGAGAAGCUCAUCUCCGCGCUGUUCUCCAAGAUCACCGCCAAUCCGGAGACGCCUGUCGCCGCCGCGGCCGUGGGUACGCCGAACCGCUCGUCGUCGUCGUGCUCCUCGUCGCCGGACACGCUGGGCUUCGGGCGGUCGUCGUCCACAAAGACGCCGGAUUCGAUGAAGCCGUGCUUCGCCAGGGAGUGGUGGUUCGACGACAUGACGUCGCUGUGCCCGCAGACCAUCGAAAAGGUGAUGAGAGUGCUCGGCUGCUACGGCAUCGAGAACAAGAACCUGAUCCUGACGCGCUUCCUGCUGCAUUAUCUCCGCGCCGCCACGCGGAGGCCGGCGCUGUGCAAGGAGGGCGGCGGCCUCGCCGGCCUCGCCGACACGGCCGUGCACGGCGUGGCGCUCGUCGGGGGCACCGCGUUCUCGUGCCGGGGCCUCUUCUGGGUGCUGAGGAUCGUGUCGGCGGUGGGGCUGAGCAAGGAGUGCAGGCACAAGCUCGAGAGGCUCAUGGGCCUGAUGCUGGACCAGGCCACGCUCGACGACCUCCUCGUCUCUGGCGACGACGGCGGCGUGUACGACGUGAAUCUGGUCAUGCGGCUGGUCAGGGUUUUCGUGAGCUCCGAGGAGGAGGCCGACUUGCCGUCGCAGCGGAUGAGGAAAGUGGGUAGGCUUGUCGACAAGUACCUCGGUGAGAUCUCGCCGGACCAUGGCCUGAGGGUGUCCAAGUUCCUCGCCGUCGCCGAGAGCCUGCCGGACUCGGCGCGGGAAUGCUACGACGGAGUAUACAGGGCAUUGGACAUCUACCUUGAGUCUCACCCGACGCUGACCAUCGAGGAGCGGACGACGCUGUGCCGGUGCCUCAACUACGAGAAACUGACAUUGGAGGCGUGCAAGGAUCUAGCCAAGAACCGGAGGAUCCCGCCGGGGAUCGCCGUGCAAGCGUUGGGCUCGCAGCAGUCAAAGCUCCAGAUCAGGCCCGCCGCCGCCGUUGCGAAGGGCGCCGGUGGCAGGCCUGACCCGUCACAGACGCCGAGGAAGGUCGUCGUCGGCGGCGGCGGCGGGCGCGCCAGAAGCGUGGACCUGGACUCCAUGGACGAGAAGGAGCUGCUCAAGCUGAACCUGCAGAAGAUGCAGAACCGGGUGGUGGAGCUGGAGAGAGCGUGCAAGGAGAUGCGAGGGCAGAUGUCCAAGAUGGCCAAGGGCGGCAGGUCGUCGUCGCUCGCCGCCGCCGCCGCCUCCUCCUGCCACCAGACCGGCGGCAGAGGCUUGCCUAGACUGUGUUAAUGGAUCAAGCAGUAACACUAUUCUUCUUCUUCUUCUUCUUCUUUUGGUCAAUUAAGACUGCCACCACAUAGCUUGCCUUAAUUUUCACUUGUAAAGUUGAUGAUCCAGUGCAUUAAUUGAGCCCCCUUUUGAUUUUCCAUUUGGUGUUUUGUGUUUGCUGUGCGUAAGAUAGAGAGAGAUGAGGAGGAGCAAGAUUGACAGGGGAUGUAAAUUAUUUUUGUUCACCGCUGUCUCUUUGCUGCAUGAUUUUCUUUCUUGUAUUCUUUUUCUGUAACUGGGCAUGUUUAGUUUCACAAAACACAGU